CUCUGCCUGAGCGCAGUACCAGCGGCAGUGAGUGUAGCUAGCUGGUUGUUGUGAUUUUGCUAGGUGAGCCAGUCACCCACUGACUCUGUGCUGUUUGGAGGGAGAACAUUCCCUGACAUUGUCUUCUGGUACAUGAAAGAUUGGUGGUAGACUCAGGUAGCUGGUGUGACUUGGAAACAGUGAAAUUAUGAGCGAGUUUUGGCUAAUUUCUGCUCCUGGUGAGCCAACACCUGACAGAGCAUGGUCCCUCCUGCAAGAGAGGACCACUCGUGAGUCUGACCUGUCGAAGAAUUACAAAAUUCACCUUCCAGAGCUCAAGAUUGGAACUCUUGACACGCUCGUAGGGCUGUCCGAUGACCUAACCAAGACAGAUACGUUUAUUGAGGGUGUGGUCAAGAAGAUUGCCAGCUACCUUUCAGAUGUGCUAGAAGGCGACAGUCAUGAUAAACUAUCCGAGAACCUCAGAGCUAACGGAGAGGAUCCUGCUCAUUAUCUGGCCAAUUUCCGGUGGGAUGUCGCAAAGUACCCAGUCAAGCUUCCGUUGAAAAACUUGUCUGAAAUCAUCAGCAAGCAAGUAAGUCAGAUUGACGCUGAUCUAAAGAGUCGCUCACAACAGUACAAUCAAGUACGGACCAACCUGCAGCAGCUGGAGAGGAGAACAACAGGUAACCUGAUGACGCGAAACCUUGGCGAUCUGGUGUCCAAGGAAGACUUUGUCCAUGGGUCGGAUUAUUUGACAACAUUGAUUGUUGUUGUGCCAAAAUCGUCUGCCCAGGAGUGGCGAAUGACAUACGAGAAGCUCACAGAUAUGGUUGUGCCCCGCUCAUCCAAGCUGGUAUUCGAAGACAGCGAUCACUGCCUGUUCACAGUCUCACUGUUCCGCAAGGUCGUGGACGAGUUCAAGCUGCACGCCCGCGAGCACAAGUUCUUGGUGCGUGACUUUGCUUAUGAAGAGAACUCGCAGGACUCUGAGCGUAACGAGGCACAGAAGCUGGAAGCCGAGAAGCGCCGGCAGUUUGGCCCUCUUGUGCGCUGGCUGAAGGUGAACUUCAGUGAGACGUUCACUGCCUGGGUUCACAUCAAAAUGCUUAGAGUAUUCGUUGAGUCCGUACUCCGCUACGGUCUGCCCGUCAACUUCCAAGCCGUGCUGAUGGAGCCACACCGCAAGUCACACCGGCGCCUACGUGACACCCUCGACGCGCUCUAUGCCCACCUGGAGGCCAGCAUAGCCGGACCACAAGAAAAUAUCGAUAUUCCUGGCAUCAUGUCCAACCAGCAAGAGUAUUACCCGUACGUCUAUUUCAACAUCAAGCUCGACCUCUUCUAGACAGCGUAGCACCACUUGUAGUACUAUUUGUCACUGUUGACCCUGUAUAUAGACUGACUGUGUGUGCAGCCAGUUCGUCGCUGCACCCGUAGAGUUCUGCUGCGCCGCUCGCUGGAACACUAAAUUUAUUUCAGCUUGCCUCUGCGCUGGUCCGCGCGAGUUCAUGCUGUAUUUAUGGAGAGAAAGCGCAUUGUUGCGUAACUUUCGUCUGUUUGUGGCUUGUGUAUAUCGUUAUUUUCCCUCCUCUCUCUCUCUCUCUCUCUCUCUCUCUCUCUCUCUCUCUCUCUCUCUCUCUCUCUCUCUCUCUCCCCCCCCCCCCCCUCUCUCUCUCUCCUCUAUGAAUGUGCACAAUGCGGAGUGCACAGUUUAGGUGAUUUUCUUAUGGAUUUUUAACAACGACUUUCUUUCUCAUUUAUUUCUUCCAAGUCAAAGUAUGUACAUUUUCCAUUUUGGAGUUAGGCUGCUUACGUAUAGCUCAUCAUGUCAUAAGUACCGCUACAAGACAGCUGUUUUUGUAUAAUAAUUGCCUAUUGGAACAGCUUUCUGAAUUCUUGCAAACAGGUGUCCGAUUACUCGCAGAA